AUGGGGGUACCGAAAUUUUACAGAUGGGUGAGCGAGCGUUAUCCAUGUCUCAGCCAAGUCGUUUCGGAGGCACAGGUGCCCGAGUUCGACAACUUGUACCUUGAUAUGAAUGGGAUCAUUCAUUGCUGCUCUCAUCCCGAUGACGACGAUGUCAUGUUUCGGAUCAGCGAGGAGCAGAUUUUUACGGACGUUUCUGCGUAUAUUGAUAUGCUGUUCAAAAUCAUUCGCCCUAAACGUGUCUUUUUCAUGGCAAUUGAUGGUGUUGCUCCACGCGCUAAAAUGAACCAACAACGAGCAAGAAGAUUCAUGUCGGCAAGAAAUGCGGAAUUUGCGUUAAAGAAAGCCAUCCAGGACGGAGUAGAGAUUCCUGAAGGAAGUCGCUUUGACUCGAAUUGUAUUACACCGGGUACUCACUUCAUGGUUGCGUUGCAUAAACAUUUGGACAAUUGGGUUCAACACAAAAUCGAAACAGAUCCACUUUGGAGACAAGAUGGAAAACUUCGAGUGGUUUUGUCCGGUCAUGAUUGUCCUGGAGAAGGAGAACACAAAAUUAUGGAUUUUAUUCGGGCGGAACGUAUAUUACCAGAGUAUGAUCCAAAUACACGACAUUGCAUGUAUGGACUCGAUGCUGAUUUGAUGAUGCUUGGACUUUCUUCACACGAGCCUCAUUUUUCCCUUUUGAGAGAGGAAGUUAAAUUUGGUAGAGUUCAACCAUCAAAAAAGAAGGGAAAUGAUCAAGUGAAAAGAAAAGAACCGAAAAAUGUUAAUUUUCAUUUGCUCCAUUUACAAUUAUUCCGGGAGUAUCUUGAACGCGAGUUUCAAGCAUUAAAGACAAAGAUUUCUUUUCCUUUUGACCUUGAAAAUAUUAUCGAUGAUUGGGUGCUUAUGGGAUUUCUUAUUGGAAACGAUUUUAUUCCACAUCUUCCCAAUGUACAUAUUCAUGACGAUGCUUUACCUUUGCUUUAUAAAACUUAUGCCGAAGUUUUACCAACUUUGGACGGGUAUUUGAACGAAAAAGGAAUGCUCAACGUGCAACGGUUCGAGAAAUUUUUGAAAGUCUUUUCGGAAACGGACAAGAAAAGUUUCAUGGAACGAUUGGAAAAUGAGGAGUAUUUGGAAUCAAAAACUGGCAGGCCAGUCGCUUCAGCAAAAGAGGGGACACCUCCAAAUGCGGAAAAGGAGAAAGAAGAGGAAUUGGUUGCUUUUUCCGAUCCGGAUAUGUCUUCUGCAACUGAUGAUGAUGAUGAUGAUGACGCUGGACCACAUGACACAAGCAAUGCUGCAUUUGUAUCGUCCGACGAAGAAGACUCUUCAAAACAAUCAAAUGAACGACCUGUUACAGGUGGAAUUCUGUCUGCGGAAGAUGCAUUAAACGCAGAAAUGUCAAAUUCACAACCAGACGACUAUGAUCCGUACGAAGAAGAGUUUCAAGAGAAAUUGAAAGCAUUAGAAAUCAAGGAUAUGAGCGAUAGCGAGUUUGAAAAUAAUGUUGAGAAAUGCUGGUCGACGACGAUAAACAAUCAAUUCAAACGUCAUCGGCGGCAGUAUUACAAAGAUAAAAUGAAAUUUGGCAACAUCUCUAAAACAGAAUUGAAAGCACAAGCAGAAGGUUACAUCCGAGCUUUACAAUGGAAUUUACACUAUUACUAUCACGGAUGUGUUUCAUGGAAUUGGUACUACCCUUUCCACUAUUCGCCUUUCAUUUCGGAUCUCAUCAAUUUCCACGAAGUCGACAUGAAUUUUGAAUUGAGCACACCAUUUCGGCCAUUUGAGCAGUUGUUGGCCGUUCUCCCAGCUGCCAGUGCUGCAUGUUUACCGUAUCAUUUACAACAACUCAUGAAAGACCCAAACUCUCCAAUCCACGAUUUCUAUCCAACCGAUUUCGAGACGGAUCUGAAUGGCAAAGUGAAUGAUUGGGAAGCAGUCGUUCUUGUGCCAUUUAUCAAUCAAGACCGCUUAUUGGAAGCGAUCAAAUCAAAGGAAAAUUUGCUGAGCAACGAAGAAAAGGCUCGAAACGCACAUGGACCACACAUUUUGUACACCUGUGACAUUAGCAAGUCCGAUGGAAAACGAGCAAUUCGAACGACAAUUGACAAAAAUGCUUUCCGUAUUGACAAGUCAACGGUGAUUCAUGGAUUACUUUCCGGCGUCAAGCUGGAUGUGCAUUUUCCGGGAUUUCCGACUAUGUGCCACAUUCCACAUACAGCAACGCUAGAUUAUGCCGGUGUUAAGGUGUUCAAUACUGGAAAAAGCAAGAAGGAAAGCAUUAUUUUAAAGCCAACGCAACGUAAAGAACUAGAAAAGCCGUUUGAAACUUUGAGUGAAGAACUCCUCAAUAAACAAGUCUACAUCGAUUGGCCGAUGCUAGCUUUAGCACUUGUUUCUGAAAUUUGGACAGUGACUGAGAAGUACUUUAUGAAAGAUGGAAAGAUCGAGAGGAAAGAGCUCGAUCUCGAUGAUCAAAAGGAUUUCAAGGAUUGGGCUAGCGGCAUUCGAGACAUUCAAAUGAACCGAUACGCCAUUGAUGUUGGGCCUAUCAGUCAUAUUGUUUUCUGCAGAAAGUUUAUGGGAUUGUCCGUGACAGUACGAGAUGGUGUUGUAAAAAGACAAAAACAAUGGGGAUCUAGCAUCCCCCACGAGAUGUCUCGUGUUGCUCUGCAAGUCCUUGUAUCGAACAUCAACAUUGAGGAAAACAGAGUCUUGUGCGAUAUACCGAUCGAAGAAGCAUAUGCAGUCAACUCAAAGGUCUUUGUCAUGCAACCCUCAUGGGAUGGCUUUGCACAUCCUGCCGUUGUCAGCGAAAUUGGAAACUCUGGAACACCAGAAUGUCGAAUCAUCGUGAAUGUGCAUAUCUAUAAAGGCGCGGAUGUCAGUGAGGUCCGUCAAACUCGUUUCAAAAAUUCUCUGCACUGGUUUAACAGUUUUGAAGCUGGAAAGCGAUCUGGAAUUACGACGAGGCUCCUCACGCGAAUAACUGGAACUGUCUAUCUUGUGACAGAGUCGAGAGAAUUUUAUGAAUCAAAGCCGGCUACAACACCUCGCCUCAACAUUGGACUUAACCUUAAGCUUACCAAGCAAAACAAGGAGGUUCCUGAUUAUUCCAAAAGAAUACAAGAAAACGGAUAUUGGGAGUUUUCUAAUCAAGCUGUUCAGCUUUUGAUGGAAUACCGCAACAAAUUUCGCGAUUUGAUUACGUACCUCGAAAAAGCUGAAGAAACAAAUGAGCACUAUUUCGCGGAGGAUGUUUGGCCAAAAGAAGCUCUGAGGGAGAAGCGAGUCAAAGAGUUGAGAGAAUACAUGAAAGAAGUUCCAACAGCUUCCAUCGAGAAAGUUGAGUGUUAUUCCGAGUAUCUCGACUCCCAAUGCAUCGCUGCUUUGGAGAAAGUUUUACCCAAGCAUGACACGCACGAGGUUCCGAUUAGGAAGAAAAGCAGUAUCAACCCAGCCGUACUCUAUCGAUACGCUUUGAUGGAUGGAAAGGUCAUGCCGGAUCCUGAAGCUGAUUUUCGUUUGUUCGACCGAGUGGCUUAUGUUGUUGAAGGUGGAACGGUACCAUGUGGAUCACAUGGCACUAUUAUUGGGCUGAUCAAUAACAAGCUAGAAGUUCUCUUUGACAGGCCUUUCAAAGAUGGUUACAAAAUUCGAAGUUCACUCACACAAUGUUACUGUGUUGCAAAGACACAAAUCAUCAACAUAACGUUUGGUAAAGAGCGUAAGGGAAAAGAGGAGCAAAAGAGCAUAAAAAAGAAGCCAGCACAGACCCAAAAGUUUAUUGAAACAACAUCGGGUUCAUACACAAAAUGGAGUCCUAGAAUGAAACCACAGGCACAGACGUCUACGGCUAAGGUGACUGACUUUGUUCCAAGGAUUUUGAAAGAUAAACCAGCAAAAUCACAGCAAAAUAUGAAACCCGUGGAAAAGAAAGUCACGGAGACAAAGCCAACAGCAAAAUCGCUAUCUACAGAGAAGGUUGAAACGGUCUCGACUGAUGCAAAAAAAGUCGAGCUUGAAUUGUCACAAAUGUUGGGCAUUGGAUUCAAUAAAACCAAAUCAAGUUCACCAACAUUACAUGAGCAUGACAAAAGUGGCAGCAGUUCUGUAAUUUCAUUCCUCCAAAAAGGCGCAUGGUCAACGUCGAAUAAAACAUCAGUGAAUGCAACUGAAGUCGAACCAAGUAGUAGUGCUGAAAAAAGUAAGACGAAGGAAAAUGAUGAAAACCAGGAAAAGGAUGAAGGUGACUGGGAGGAAGUUGGAGAACCUGUAAGUGUCGAACAAAAGAUUGUGUUUAAUUCAAGCCAGCGGGGAAGUUUGAAUUCGCAACCACCUAGAGGCUUCAGGCAGGUCAACUAUGGAAGAGGAGACAAUUUCAACAAUUACAGUGGAAGAUCUCCCCGAGGUUUCAUGCAAAAUUCAACGUUCCGGCAACCACAAAAUUUUGUUAACCGUGGGCCUAGCUAUUUCUUUGGAAACAGCUCAACGAAUCCAAGAGGAAUGCAGAGAGGAAGAGUCGGGAAUGGUUAUCGUAAUCAGAAUCACGAGCAAUUGUUGAACAAUUCAGAUCUUGUACCCAGUGCGGUUUCUCGGCCUCGUUUUAGUCGUGGGCGAGGUGGUUUAACUCCAAAAGUUGAUCACUCUGAAGUAGAAGCGCAACCAACAUCACCACCAACUACAAAUCCAACAAAAAGCGAGCAAGGAGCUCCACCAUCUGAUGCUGCACCAACAGAAAAUUAUUCUAAAUUGCUUGGCACAAACAAACCAAGAAAAUCAAGACUUGCCGCAAACUUCAGUUCGACU